CUGCACGGAGGAAGCUGUUCCUCAGCCUGGUGGAGCUCGAGAUUUUUGUUAGUGAAACGUGUGUUUGAACUUUUUUUGAUUAAAGGUCAAUGUCGGUGGGGUUUUGGAGGUGGCCCCUCAGUUACUGUGGGUGGUGCGUUCAAGGAGCCAUUCAAAGACUGCGAUUGACAGACCAGUCGUCCCUCUGCUUAACCAGUGAACGGGAAAUCACGUCUGGAUCUCUGGGAAAUAUCGAUAUGACACAAACAUCAACUUUUGAGUCAUGACUUAAUGCGGACUUCCAGAAAUAUCAGGAUGCUCUACAUUUGAUGGACACAGAGGCUGCGUCAACUUCACUUUUUCUCUCCGUGUCUGUAACCGGCUGACAUUAUGUUCUCAGACAUUUUCUGUGUGAUAUUAUUUUGCACUUUGCACUUCAUUGCAUCAUCUUCGGAGCUGCAGCCUGGCAUGCCGAAUGUGUGUGCUGACCAGGAGAUGUCUAUGUUGGGGGCCCGUCAGCCUUGUGUCCAGGCUUUUACCCGCAUGGUGAAAGUGUGGAAGCAGGGCUGCAACAGCCACAGAUGGUGCAUGGGCUAUGAGAGAAGGACAGCAUACUACACAGUGUACAGGCAGGUGUACAACAUGGACACACACACAGUCUAUAAGUGCUGCCCUGGCUGGAGACAGGAGGGUGAAGAGAUGGGCUGUCUGCAUAGGGUGUGUACUGCAAAUACAUGUUUCAAUAGAGGCCAGUGCGCAGAGACUGGAGACAAGAUCUGUCAGUGUCCCAUGGGCUUCAAAGGGACGCGAUGCCAGUAUGACGUUAAUGAAUGUGAGCGGGAUGAAGGCGGCUGUGAGGGAUUCUGCUGCAACACCAUCGGCAGCUACUACUGCAAGUGUCCUGAAGGCAGCCGACUGGGGCCGGACGGCAGAGCGUGUCACGAUGUCAAUGAGUGUGAGGAGCUGAAUGGAGGAUGCCAGCAGACGUGUGUGGACACACCGGGCUCUCACCACUGCGAGUGCAACGAGGGCUUCCGCAUGCACUCUGAUGCACGGACAUGCAUUGCUGUGAACUCCUGCUCAGUGCUGAAUGGUGGAUGUGAGCACAAGUGUGUGGACACGGGCAACAAUCACUACAAAUGUGAAUGUAGGAAGAACUACCAGCUGAAGAGAGACGGGCGACACUGUGAAUUGAGGGACCCCUGUGCGGACAGGAAUGGAGGCUGCGCCCAGCUGUGUCUUUCAGAAGACACUCGGGUUCACUGCAGCUGCCGACCUGGUUUUACACUGGCUGCAGACGGGAAGAACUGUGAAGACAUUGAUGAGUGCGGUUCAGGCCGUGCCAAGUGUUCCCACAGAUGUGUCAACACGCUGGGCUCCUUCAGCUGUGUGUGUAAUCCGGGCUUUGAACUGGGUGCUGAUGGCAAACAGUGCUACCGUAUUGAGAUGGAGAUUGUGAACAGCUGUGAGAAGAUCAACGGAGGCUGCUCUCAUCACUGCGAACACACCACCAACGGACCGCUGUGUUCCUGUAACCACGGCUACCAGCUGGCCCUGGACAGGAAGACCUGUGUGGACAGUGACGAGUGUCUCAGUGGGGGGGCCUGCUGCCGGCACUUCUGCAGAAACUACCCGGGCGGCUACGAGUGCAGCUGCAGAGCCGGCCACAGACUCAACCCAGACGGCUGCGGCUGCGAUGACGUUGACGAGUGCCUGGCAGAGACUUCGGGCUGUGAACACGACUGUGUCAACACCCUGGGAACUUACGAGUGUUUUUGUGAGCUGGGUUUCCGCUUGGAUCAGGACCAACACUCCUGCAUUUCUCUGUAUGGGGAACUGGAAGAUGAUGAGGAGGAAGACGAGGAUGAACAGCUGGAGGUCCAUAGAUUACCAGACCUGCUGUUUCGCAAGGUUCCUCAGCUCCUGCAGUACACAGCGGCCUUACACUCCCGUUAUGUUAGUGAUGAAGAUGAUAGUGAUGGUGGUGACAGGGAAGUAGAGAUCCAGAGGGGGCGCCGAGGAGAGCUCAGACUGUCCAGCAGCAUAGUGUGUCUGGAUGGCUCGUUCGGGGAUGACUGCAGUGUGAGCUGUGAGGACUGUGAUCACGGAGUGUGUAGUGAGAACAGAGACCGGUGUGAGUGUGCAGCCGGAUGGACAGGGAUCAUCUGUAACAAGACGUGCUCCCAGGGGACCUAUGGGCCGGCCUGUAACAGUCUGUGUCGGUGCCAGAACGGAGGCUCGUGUGACCCCGUGACCGGGAAGUGUGUGUGCCCCCCCGGGGUGCAGGGCCUGCUGUGCGAGGACGGUUGUCCCAGGGGUCAUUUCGGGAUGCACUGCAAGAGAAAGUGUAAGUGUCCCAACAACGGACACUGCCACCGUCUGUACGGGGGCUGCCUCUGCUCUCCGGGACUGUACGGCCGCCUCUGCCACCUGUCUUGUCCCAGGUGGACGCACGGGGCCGGCUGUUCCCGGGAAUGUGACUGUGUUCAAGAACAUUCCUCUGGCUGCGACCCCAAAACAGGAAGCUGUUUCUGUAAGACCGCCCACCACGGACCACAGUGUGAGAAAGAAUGUGAGCCAGGGUUCUUCGGUGCCGGCUGUGAGCAGCCAUGUGAUUGUCCAGGUGGAGGGUCAUGUGACCCGCGGACCGGGGAGUGCAGUCAGAGAUGUCCUGCAGGUCUUCACGGAGAAAAAUGUCAACUUGCCUGCCCAUCGCUGAGAUAUGGUGAGAGCUGUCGUCUGACCUGUGGCUGUGGAGGAGCUCCAUGUGAUCAUGUAACCGGACGAUGCAUCUGUCCUGCAGGGAAGACUGGGGACUCCUGUCAUGAAGACUGCCCUGAUGCAUUCUGGGGGAUGAAGUGCCAGUCAGCAUGUCCUGACUGUGAGAACGGAGCCUCCUGCAAUAAGGAGAGCGGAGUGUGUGAGUGCAGACCAGGCUUCAUGGGGAACCUCUGCCAUAAUGAGUGUCCCCCAGGUCUCCAUGGUCCAGGCUGUGAGGGUCUCUGCUCCUGCCCCCCCGACACUGACUGUGACCCCCAGACGGGACACUGCCUCUGCCCUGCUGGCAAAAGAGGCCCUGACUGUGCAACAGCGUGUGAAUCUGGUUACUGGGGCCCAGGGUGCGUGAACACAUGCGAGUGCAGAGAGAUCUCCGAGAGCUGCGACCCGGUCAGCGGACAGUGUGUGUGUGAGGCGGGCUUCACCGGAGACCACUGUGAGAAGAAGUGUGUGAAUGGCAGUUUUGGGCGGGGGUGUGUGCUGCCGUGCCGCUGUGAGAGCGGAGCGCUCUGCGACCACGUGAGCGGAGCCUGCACCUGCUCACCUGGGUAUGCCGGCACCUUCUGUGAGAAAAUGUGCCCGGACGGCUUUUACGGUCUUGACUGUGGCCAGAUGUGUGAGUGCAGGAACGGUGCCCGCUGCCACCACAUCACAGGAGGCUGCCUGUGCACCGCCGGCUGGGCAGGACCACACUGCAUUCUGGCGUGUCCAGAGGGUACUUUUGGGGAGCGGUGCAGUCAGACCUGUGAGUGUGAGCCGGGGUCCAGGUGUGACCACGUCAGCGGGGGGUGCAGCUGUGCAGCUGGCUUGACCGGAGUCCGCUGCCAACUGCCCUGUCCUGCAGGGUAUUACGGUGAGCAAUGCUCUGGUCAGUGUCUGUGUGGAAACGGAGGCUCCUGUGAUAGCGUCAGUGGUCAGUGCUCCUGCCCCCCCGGCUGGAGAGGAGCUACCUGUGAGUCAGAGUGUGAGGAGGGACGGUUUGGAGAGAACUGCAGUCAGACCUGCAGCUGUACGAGUGGGGGGAGGUGUGACGGAGAGACAGGAAGAUGUGUGUGUCUGCCUGGAUGGACGGGAGACCUCUGUCAGUCAGCCUGUACUGAGGGAUUCUUUGGAGAGCGCUGUGUGCAGAGGUGUGACUGCGUCCAUAGUCCGAGUUGCCACCAUAUGACGGGUCUCUGUGAGUGUGAGCCAGGCUGGAGGGGGGCCAGGUGUGACAAACACUGCCUCCCGGGGUCCCACGGUGCUUCCUGUGCCCAGCCGUGUGACUGCCAGGCCGGGGUGUCCUGCCACCAUGAGACGGGGAGCUGUGGGUGUCCCGCCGGACUCAUGGGGCCCGGCUGCGAGACACCCUGUCCUGCUGGCGUGUUCGGGAUGAACUGCAGCCAGCUGUGCCGGUGUUCAGGAGACCAGGAGCAGUGCCAUCCUGUGACGGGGAAAUGCAGCUGCUUACCCGGAUACUACGGGGCCCGCUGCGAGCUACGAUGUCGAGCAGGUACUUUUGGGCCUAACUGCAAGUCCAGAUGCAGCUGCACCAGUGGCGGUCGCUGUGACUUCAGGACUGGGACCUGCUACUGCCCGGCUGGCUUCAUUGGAGCCGACUGCAGCUUACGCUGUCCAAGCAGGUAUUAUGGGAAGGACUGUGCUAAGAUGUGCUCCUGUGGGGAAGGAGGGCAGUGCCACCCAGCUACUGGAAAGUGUAUCUGUGCCCCUGGUAGGAUGGGACAGUCCUGCCAACAAGCAUGUCCUAGGGGGCGCUAUGGCCUGCAGUGCAGAAACACGUGCAGCUGUCAGAACGGGGGUCUGUGUGAUCCCAUCCACGGGUCUUGCAGAUGUGGACUGGGCUGGACCGGAGCGCGCUGUGACUCGGCCUGUUCACAGGGAAAGUAUGGGUUUGAUUGUGCACAAGACUGUCCAUGCCUCAACAACGGGACCUGCGACCGUUUCACCGGCACCUGCGGCUGUUCUGCUGGAUACUACGGCCACUCCUGUCAACACAGUUGUCCAUCUGGGUUAUUUGGCAUGAAAUGUGCCCGUACAUGUGACUGUAAAGCAGGGCGGACAUGUGAUCAUGUGACAGGCAAAUGUGUGUGUCCACCAGGCUACCAUGGCCCUCAAUGUGAAAGAAGGUGUGAGUCUGGCAGGUUUGGAUUGAGCUGUGGAGAGUCAUGUGACUGUGCUGGUGAGGCCCCAUGUGACCCAUCUACCGGGCGGUGCCUCUGUCCCCCAGGAAGGAUGGGACAGAGAUGUGAAAAAGAUUGUGGUGGAGAGCGCUUCGGACCAGACUGCUCUCUGCCGUGUCAGUGCUCCCACAGGGCCCGCUGUGAGGGGCUCAGUGGGCGGUGCCUGUGCCCUCUCACCUGGCUGGGCCCCACCUGUACCGAAGCGCUGCUACACCAAACCCCGGGACCGUUGAACUUUUCAGUGUCCCAAAGAAAGAGAAGAGCGGGCAGCAAAACCACAUAACCAAAGCAGAGGUACAAACUCCUGACUGGACGUCCAGACACGGGGCUCGGCUCUGUGAGGCAUUACUCAGAUCAUCUUGGUGAAGGUGAUGUUAGUUGUGAAACUGGUACUCAGCUGUCAGAGACUGGCACUCCAUCACUGAGCCUGGAGCUGGGGCCUGGCAUGUGAGGGGCCCUCAGGGGACCAUCUACCUACCCCAGACUGUCUACGAUUCAAAGUCCAGGGUUACACAGACUUCAUAGCAAUAACCCACAAAUACCUGCAUCAUAUUUGUGAGUAUUGCUGAUGGAAAGCGGUUCAUUUGCUUUCCCAGUUUUACAUUUAAUCACCUGGUAAGGUUUCUUUCUUAAGGGAAUUUGUACAAUACGUGUAACUGAGACAUUCUUGUCACUGGAGAACUUUUAUAACCUACAUUUUGUUUUUAUGUGGCCACAAAAAAGUGGAUGGUCAGCAGAACAGAAGCAUAUUUCUGGUGAAAAUUGAAAUGCCUCUUAAACAGAUUUCGAAAGGUAUGGGUGACUUAUUCAGAACAUCCACACAGAUCCACAUACAGGGACUAACGUUGGGCUGAUGUUCUAAUAAAGAAGCCAUACAUGUUGAAGCAGGGGGUGUUACAAAUCCUAGGAUAUAAACAUGUACUUGGCUUUAAAUUAUAAUUGAUGUCUGAUUUGUUUUCCUCACACACAUUUCAAAAGCCAGAAUCUAUUAAUAUGAAAACAUGCAAAGGAAAGUGUCUUCACCCUCACCAAGCAUUAUGCAAUUAAUUUUAAUUUGUUGCUCAAGUUUUAUGUUAUGAUUUCACACAUUUCUUUGUGGAACUGUAUAUUUUCCCAAACAAUUGUAACCCUGUUGUUCUUGUAGUAGGUCGGUAGUGAGGUGGAUAUAAGAGUGAUUAGAUUUGACCAGUGUGCAGACAAACACAAAUUAUUUGAACGGCCAAAGAAAAGGAGAAUCAUAAACCAUUUCAUCAGGUUUAUCACUCAGGCCCCUCUGCAUUCAGUUAAAGAGAAAUACAUCUCGCAGUACACAACACACUGUCCUUCCUCCAUUUGUUUCUGCAGUGAAAAACACUAGUGAUGUGUCC